UAGGAGCAACAGUUAAAUAGCUCUUUCUCUUUUUUCUCUCUCUAUUUUAACAGUUAUGUUCCUGUAGAUUCUCUGUCUCCAGGUCAGGGCUUUAAUCAAAGUUAAAGUGGGAUUAUUGGCUGCUCGCCCCUAAACAGUGAGAAAAUGGUCUUCAUCCUCCUGCUUCUCCACCUGACCUCUGUCUGUGGAGAGUUAAGAGAGAAAACAACUUUCUAUCAGGCAGAGGAGGACGACAACAUCACCAUCAGAUGGGACAGACAGAACCAAACAGACAUGUCUCUCACCAACAUGAUCUGUUUUCUCAUCUCAAAGCAUUUUAUAGUUUUCUAUGAACUGAUCGAUGGUGUUGAGCUUCCAGAGUCUCAGCAUCAGCAGUUUUCAGGACGAGUUCAGUGUGACAGAGACGCUCUCAGAGAAGGACGAGUCACACUUCAUCUGUCCAGAGUCACAGCUGAAGACUCUGGAAACUACAGAUGUGAAAUGGUUAAUUAUAACAAGAAGUUAAGGCGAUCUGAGCUUCAGGCUGAGAUACGUUUUGUUCUGAAUGUGGCUCCAGCUUCUCAUGAGGGAAGUAUUGUGUCUCCCAUCACAACAAAGCCUGGAUUUGUCAUUAUUCAAGGUGCAACACACAGAGAGAGUGUACUAUCGAUUGUUGUGACACUGCUCAUAUUGAUAUUAGUUGCACUUGUCUGUGGAAUUAUUCUACGUGUUUUAAAAACUGCUUAUGCUUGCAUAAAUAAGACAGAUAUCCGUGAGAGAGAGAGAAAGAGAGAGAGAGACAGCGUCGUCAUUGUGCUGCUGUUACAAAUCGCCAACGUACUUCAUUCGCAUGACUCGGACCCGGAUAAAAACGCAACUGUUUCAGAUGUUUAAGAAUAAUUGUCAACAUUAAACACUGACAGAUGUUAAAAUUCUCUCCUGAUAAUUUAGCUUCAGUCUGUAACAUUUAAUUAUAUAAAGACUUCCAGCUGUCAGACGGUCAGUUUUCUUCUUCUCUGAUCAGGUUUGUCGGCUUCAUCCCGACAGAAACAGCUUUCUUUCUUUAAGUGGGUGUUGAUGAGACAAACUCUCCUGUACUUUAUGUAAACCUGUAAUUCAGUAGGAGUAAAACUAUGUAAUCCAUCAGAAUAAUGUGUAUUAAUAUUACUUGUGAUCAUGAAGAGUCUGAAAUGUGCAGCUCAGUCUCACCACUUUUAUUUCUCUAAUUCUAACAAAAUCAGAAAGUUUUUAUGUCAUGAGAAUUUUGUUAAAUACUGAGUCAAUAACUCAGUAUGUGUAACUCUGUGUUUGUGUAUAUAAAUGUGUGUGUUGCUGUGUGGAAGUCAUUUUAAUGCAUAUGGUAAUCAAUCAUAUUUACUCAUACAAUAACUACAAGUGUAAUCAUUCUUUUACUUGUAAAAUGCAUUUAUUCAUUUGUUAUUCUCAGUUACAUCUCAUGACAUAUGUUUUCUUUUCCUUCUGAUAUAGAACAUUACUCAUAUAAAACAUUGACGUUA